AUGGAAGCCCGAUCCACUGAAUGGAAAUCAACUGCAAAUUUACAUGAUGGACCUGCUUUUUUCAAACCACUAGCUCAAACUAUCGAGCCACUACAGUUUAAGCUUAUCGAAUCGGACAUUGUAGCAACUGCAUUUCCAGUAUUCAAUGCCCAAUACGUACCGGAGUCGCUUAUUGACUACAUUUUUGACUUAUUUAAUUUGGAAAUUGAAUGUGGCAAGACCUAUCCACAAUUGGAGAAAUUGACCAAACAGGAUUUUCUGAAUUAUUGGUUCCACUCAUUUACAGUUAUUGUUUUGCGAACUGAUAAGAAAUUUAUCGAAGACGGUCAAGACUGGCGUUCGGUCCUCUUAGGUACGUUUUACAUCAAGCCUAAUUAUUCUCCGCGUUGCUCGCACAACUGUAACGCAGGUUUUUUAGUGAACACUUAUCAUAGGGGCAAAAAGGUUGGCUAUAGGCUUGCACAGGUAUACUUAAACUGGGCUCCCUUGUUGGGAUACAAAUAUUCUAUUUUCAACCUUGUAUUUGUUACCAACCAAGCUAGUUGGAAAAUCUGGGACAAAUUGAACUUCCAAAGAAUUGGGUUGGUUCCCCGUGCAGGGAUUUUAAAAGAUUUUGCCGAGCCUAUAGAUGCCAUCAUUUACGGUAAAGAUUUGACAAAUAUAGAACCUGAACUUCUUUCCAUGGAACACUUAUAG